AUAAUUCAGCAGCUGAGGAACUCAGCAAAGCCUGCUCCAAACUUCUCAGCUGUUGACAGGCUUGACUUGCUGAGAACACUGGUUAAAUAUAGCACAAGCGAGCUGAGCUCAACAAAGUCAUUGCUGUAACACUGUGUGAAGAGACCAGAAGAGGGGAAAUACAAUCUGAGAACUAAACUGCCAAAGCCUAACACCACCUAGCAACAGUUGAAAAAACUUUUAAACAAAAGUCUGGGUGAGACACAGAGAGAGUAUACCUCCUACUUCUCCUGCCUGGGAUUUCUGCGAGAAGCAACUCAGUCCUCUGUUCUCUACCCUAUUUCCUUCAUUCCUUCAGCUGCUGGUAGACCUUGAAAAGUGGGAAAAGUUUCUCUCUUUUUGUUCUCCUGGGCUGGAUCAGGCUACUGCUGUGGUAGUACUGUGGGACAAGCUACUGCGAUCUGGCAGUGUAAAGGAUCUAUUCCUAAGUUCUUGCUGACAGGGAGCGGCAGGGACCCCAGUCAGCCCCAGGUGGGAGCAGCAGAGCGAUGGCACAGGGACAGCUCCAUCCUCGACCCCCUCCUACCCCCUCCGGACCUAGAUUCUAGCGAAGCCACUGCUCUGGAAGCAUCCCUCGACACAGGUAGGGAUGAGAUCCCGAAACCAAGGUGGAGAAAGCUCGUCUAACGGGCACUUCUCCAAUUCCAAGCCUGUCAUCAGCCAUGCAGAGAACGAAAAACUCCAGGAUGAUGCCAAGAAAAAGAACAAACCUCAUCGGAAGGAAGAUGAGGUCAUGGUUUCAGCAACUGUCAAACGGCACUCAAGAUCACCUGGGCCUAGUGAACGAAAGAACAAGAAGUCCAUAGAGCUCUCUAAAGAGGACUUGAUUAAACUCCUCAGUAUAAUGGAAGGAGAACUGCAGGCAAGAGAGGAUGUGAUCCACAUGCUGAAGACAGAGAAAACCAAACCUGAAGUUUUAGAAGCUCAUUACGGGUCUGCCGCUCCAGGGAGUGUGCUGCGAGUGCUACACAGAGAUGCCAUCCUUGCCCAAGAAAAAUCAAUAGGGGAAGAUGUCUAUGAGAAACCAAUUUCAGAGCUGGACAGGCUUGAAGAAAAACAGAAGGAGACAUAUCGACGCAUGCUGGAACAGCUUCUUUUGGCAGAAAAAUGCCAUCGCCGCACAGUUUAUGAGCUCGAAAAUGAGAAGCAUAAACAUACAGAUUACAUGAACAAGAGCGAUGACUUUACCAACCUCUUGGAGCAGGAGCGGGAGAGAUUGAAGAAACUUCUUGAGCAGGAGAAGAUCUAUCAAGCUCGUAAGGAGAAAGAACAUACAAAGAGACUUAGUAAACUACGAGAAGAACUUGUCAAGCUCAAGUCAUUUGCACUCAUGCUGGUGGAUGAAAGACAAAUGCAUAUUGAACAACUUGGUCAACAGAGCCAGAAAAUACAAGAUUUAAAUCAAAAACUAAAGGAAGAAGAAGAAAAGCUUAAAAUCAUUACUGCAAAAACGAAAGAGGAUGGACAAAAACUGAUGAAGUUAGAGACAGAACUUGAACACAAAACAUCAUCAUUUUCUCAAGAACAUGAGGAGAUGAUGGCUAAACUGGCUAAUCAAGAGUCACAUAACAGACAGCUAAGGCUUAAGUUGGUUGGGUUGACUCGCAGAAUAGAGGAGUUAGAAGAAACUAACAAAAGUCUUCAAAAAGCUGAGGAGGAACUUCAAGAACUAAGAGAUAAAAUAGCAAAAGGGGAAUGUGGGAACUCUAGCUUAAUGGCAGAAGUGGAAAACCUUCGCAAGCGUGUGCUUGAAAUGGAGGGAAAAGAUGAAGAGAUCACAAAAACUGAAUCCCAGUGUAAAGAGCUGAAAAAUAAACUGCAAGAGGAAGAGCACCAUAGCAAAGAGUUGAAACUUGAAGUGGAAAAGUUGCAGAAGAGAAUGUCAGAACUGGAGAAGCUGGAAGAGGCUUUCAGUAAAAGUAAGUCUGAAUGCACCCAGCUACACAUAAACUUGGAGAAAGAAAAGAAUUUAACUAAGGAUUUGAUAAAUGAGUUAGAAGUGGUGAAGACUCGAGUGAAAGACCUUGAGGCAUCAGAAAGUAAGUUGGAAAAGGCUGAAAUAAGCUUAAAAGAUGACCUUACAAAGCUGAAGUCAUUUACAGUAAUGUUGGUUGAUGAACGAAAAAAUAUGAUGGAAAAAAUAAAACAGGAGGAAAAAAGGGUUGAGGGUCUAAACAAGAAUUUUAAAGUUGAACAAGGGAAAGUUAUGGAUGUAACAGAGAAGCUGAUAGAAGAAAGUAAGAAAUUUUUGAAAUUGAAGUCUGAAAUGGAGGAAAAGGUGUCUAGUUUGACAAAGGAAAGGGAUGAGUUGAUUGGCAAACUGAAAAGUGAAGAAGAAAAAUCAUCUGAACUAAGCUGCAGAGUUGACCUGUUAAAGAAAAGGAUUGAUGGUAUGGAGGAAGUAGAAAGAGAAAUUACAAGAGGUCGAGCCAGAAAAGGACCAGAGCAUGGUUGUCAUGAGGACAACAAGAUUAAGGAGCUUACCAUUGAAAUUGAAAGACUUAAAAAAAGGCUCAAACAAUUGGAAGUGGUUGAAGGAGAUUUGAUGAAGACAGAAGAUGAAUAUGAUCAGCUAGAGCAGAAAUUUAGGACUGAGCAGGAUAAAGCUAACUUACUUUCUCAACAGCUGGAGGAGAUGAAGCUCCAGAUUGCCAAAAACAAAGCAAUAGAAAAAGGUGAAGCAGUGAGCCAGGAGGCAGAGUUGAGGCACAGGUUUCGUCUGGAAGAGGCUAAAAGCAGAGAUUUGAAAGCAGAAGUUCAGGCUCUUAAGGAGAAAAUCCAUGAGCUGAUGAACAAAGAAGACCAACUUUCUCAGCUUCAGGUUGAUUACUCAGUUCUGCAGCAGAGGUUUAUGGAAGAAGAAAAUAAGAACAAGAGCAUGGGACAAGAAGUUCUGAACCUAACAAGAGAGUUAGAACUUUCUAAGCGUUACAGCCGUGCUCUGAGGCCCAGCAUAAAUGGACGAAGAAUAGUCGAUGUUCCUGUGACAUCCACUGGUGUGCAAACAGAUGCUGUAAGCAGUGAAGCAGCAGAAGAAGAAACUCCAGCUGUGUUUAUACGGAAAUCCUUCCAGGAGGAGAAUCACAUCAUGAGCAAUCUGCGACAGGUAGGUCUGAAGAAACCCAUGGAGCGUUCUUCAGUCCUUGAGAGAUAUCCUCCAGCAGCGAAUGACCUUGCAAUGAGGAAAUCUUGGAUACCAUGGAUGAGAAAGAGGGAAACUGGGGCUCAGGCAACUCCAGAUAAAGGAGCCCGAGCCCAUGGUAGUCCAGCACAUCCUGGGGAGGUUGUCCUUUCACCAAAACAGGGUCAGCCUCUUCAUAUUCGGGUGACACCAGACCACGAGAACAGCACAGCUACUUUGGAGAUAACCAGUCCAACCUCAGAGGAGUUUUUUUCAAGUACCACUGUCAUUCCUACUUUGGGAAAUCAGAAGCCACGAAUAACCAUCAUUCCCUCUCCAAAUGUUAUGCCCCAAAAAGGAAAAGGCAGCGAAAGUCCAAUGGGCCCAGACCGUUCCAUGUCUCCAGUCACAAUUACAACAUUCUCCAGAGAAAAGUCUCCGGAUGGAGGGAGAGCACCCUUUGCUGACAGACCUGCAUCACCAAUUCAGAUUAUGACAGUAUCGACAUCCGCAGCACCAACAGAAAUCUCUGUUUCUCCUCAGUCACAAGACACGACCAUGGGAAGGGCUGUCUUCAAAGUUACACCAGAAAAACAAACCGUCCCAACUCCAAUCCGGAAAUACAACGCCAAUGCCAACAUUAUUACAACAGAAGACAACAAAAUCCACAUCCACUUAGGUUCCCAGUUUAAACGCUCCCCUGGUGCCACGCUGGAUGGUGCAAGUCCCGUGAUAACAGUCAGACCAGUGAACAUAGCAGCUGAGAAGGAAGUUGUCACUGGCACCGUCCUUCGAUCACCCCGGAACAACCUGUCCUCGCGACCUGCAGCGAGCAAGGUGACAAGUACUAUCACUAUAACUCCUGCUACUACGUCUUCCACACGAGGAACACAAUCGGUGACAGGACAGGACGGGUCAUCCCCGAGACCUACACCCACCCGCAUUCCUGUGUCAAAAGGUAUGAAAGCAGGAAAGCCAGUAGUGGCAGCCCCAGGAUCAGGAAAUGUGACAAAAUUCGAGCCUCGUGCCGAGACUCAGUCUAUGAAAAUAGAACUGAAGAAAUCUUCAGGCAGCGGCUCCGGCUCCCUGGGCGGGGGUCAGGGCUGAUGGCGGUGGCUCAGGGGGUAUGAGAGCGUCAUCAUUCACCAGUUACGCAUGAGCUCCAGAUGAGUAACCAGCCCAGUAUAUUCUCUCUGUGUGCACUGCCCACCUUACCAGUUGGAUGGAUCACUGGAGAAGCUCUCUACCAUCAACACCAGGGUCACUUGUGCUACUGAUUCUUCAUGGAAGUUUUUAUUGCUUCCAUUACAUUUUAUGUAUUUUAUCUUGGUAGAGCUUUAAGAACAAAGGGCCUUGCUGAUAUUUUGAAGGAUACAGGCCAGGGUACAGGGAGAAAAGCAGUCUUUCUGCCAGCUGAAUUUCACUUUUAUUUGCAAAGCCUAAGGCACGCGCUUGAUUUCGUUUGAUGUUUGCUAUAUAAUUUAUUUUUAUAAUACACUUUGUAAAGUAACUGUCCUGAAGUUCCAAUUCCUGUUGUCCAUGGCGCAUUUAUUUGUAGAAUACACUGUCAAAUUCACAAUUCGAUAUUUUUGUAAUAUAGAGUAUGUAAAGAAAGAAAAAUUUAACUUCAAUGUUUUAUUUUUAAAUGGAAAAAUAACUCAGUGCAUUUUUUUUGCCACCAUAUGAUUCUGUGAGACUAAAUACUCUGAAGACUGCUGUAUGGAAUUUGUACUAUUGCAGAAUAUUUCUUGCACUGUGUGACGGUUUGGCAUAAAACUAUUAACUAUUAAAGUCCAAUGUCUUGAAAUACAAGCAGAUUUACUCAUUUUAAACAAUGAAAGCUGAUUUUUAAAGCUGUGAUUUUUUUUCUCUAUAUAAUGUAUGUUUUUAUUCUGCCUGUACCAAAAAAGUUGAUUUUCACUACACUGUAACUAAUAAAUUUUCACAACUAUGCAAAUGUAAGCGUUUCAAUUUUAACUCUAAUUUCUUAACGUUGACAGUCUUUGCAUACACGUUUGUUUAUUGGCACAGAAUGUGUGGCUUUGGAAGUGACUUUUUCUGACAGGUAUUUCACUGCAGUAUCACAGUGACGUACCUAGUAAAACUAAUACUGUUUAUGAUACGAAGAGGGAUCUAUCACCAAGCACUUAAAGACAUAACUGUGCUAACCUGGUGCUUUCACUGCUUUGGCAGAUAGGUUCGGUUGAUAUGAUCAGACUGUUUAGUACAAGACUAACAGGACUGUAUGCAUGAGAUGCCAUGUGGUGAACUCAGUGGUUUACACUGGUGGCAGUAGCUUUUCAAAUAGCACCCAGAGACUUCUGUGGCAGCUACACUUAAAAUGAUUUUUGAAUGAAUUGCACGUAAAGCUGGAUAAAACCCAUGUCAGGUCUUUUUUUUCUUAUACAUUUCAUAAUAAAUGAUCUUUAAUCUAAGUUGUGGGCACAUAUUUAAAAUAUCACAGGUUUUUUAAUUGUAGAAGCUACUGGAAGAAACUAUUUUUUUGGAAGAGAAAGCAGCGUUGCUUGCAGGAGAUAUGAUGUGGGAUGCCAGAAAAAGUGCAUUAACUCAGUGUCCCACAGAGAUGAGUAGGCCAGUUACCUUUGAAGCUGGAGUAACGCAUUGGUACGUAGCCAAUUUGGUCUCCAUGCUUUAGUUUGCUUGCCAACCAUGGGAGCUAUUUUCUCUCCCAGAUAGGAGCUCCACACCAAAUGUUGAAAUUGUAGAGAGCCAGGAUAUUCCGGGACCUGCAUGAACUCUCUUGGAGUUGAUCUGUACUGGGAGGAGAUAGCCAAUACAACUCUACUGAGUAAUCUAAACAAAAUAAAUGCUGUUUAUUCUUGCCAAACUCAUUUGUUGUUAUAGCUUUUGACUACACCAGGACUUCAGCUGGUAGGCUUUUUUUUAUUUUUUUACAACUGACAAUUACAUAGCUGUGUCCGUAGGUCAAAUUUUAGAGUGAGUUGAGAAGAAUUCCAGCUUUCAGAGAGUAAAAGAGCUUGGGGUGAAUUAUGUUUAGUAUGUGCCACGUUUCAGUGCAGUGGAAUGAACAUAGUGCUGACCCAAAUCUUCUAGUUUCAAAGCAUCACUUGUGAAUCCAGAACUAUCCAUGAGAUCACAUGGAAUGAAAUUGCCAGCUAUUGGAAAGUGACAGUGACAUGCCUGAAAUAAAGUUUUACAUAUGAGCAACAUAUAAUACAAUCUUACUUUGAAGUUGAGACGGGAUUUAAAAAGUUUCAAUCAAAUUAGAAAAUAUUUUCCUUGUCUAGAUUUUAAUAUAAAGCUGAUUCAGUACGAGUGUAUGUACAAGUUGUCCCCAUUUGUUUUAUGAUUUCUAAACAAAUACAUAAUCAUUUAUGGUUUCACAAAUGCAUUACGUUUUUAAGCUUUAAAAAAUAAAGACUUGUUUAAAGCAUAA